AUGGGUGUUUCUAGCUUUGAUAUCCUUGGCCUUCUGGCUGCAUCAGGCGAAUUACUCCUGGAGGAGUUAACAAACAAUGUUCAAACUCACUUUCUCGAGCAUGGAAAUUCUUGGAUUAAAGAAAAUUUCAUUACAGUCUUACACGCCGUUUUUCGACUUGCCAGUUGCAGAGAACUUAAAGAUUACUGUCUAGAAUCCAUUUGCAGUGAUCCAAGUCCUCUCUUUGACUCCGAAAGUUUUCCUUCUCUCGAUAAGGAUAUUUUCCUGGAAUUGAUUAAACGUGAAGGAUUGAAAAUUGAAGAAGUAAAUAUCUGGGAAUAUCUUAUUAAAUGGGGAAUUUGCCGAUUGUCCGGAAUCGAAGAGAAGAAACCUUCAAAUGUGAAAGAAUUUUCAGAAAGAAAUAUCAAGGAUCUAAAAAAAAUAAUUGAUCCUUUUAUUCCGUAUAUUCGAUUCUAUGAGAUUUCUCGGAAAGAUUUCCAUGAUAAGGUUUGGCCAUUUCAAAAGGUUUUGCCAGAAUCUCUCUUUGAAGAUGUAAUAUCAUUCUUAAUGACCGCCACCGAGCCGAGACGGAAGAUACUUCCUCCACGAAUAAAGUCUAUCAUUGAUGACUCCAAAAUUUUAACAAGAGAACAUCUGGAAAUUAUUACCAACUGGAUUGAAAAAAAGGAUAUUAUUGAUAAGGAGAAAAGAAGAUAUCACUUCACUCUCCUUUACCGCGGAACUCGCGACGGGUUUGAUGCUAAGUCGUUUCAUCAAAAUGUCGAUGGACAGGGUCCAGCGAUUGCAGUCAUCAAAAUAAAAAAUUCUGGAAAAAUAGUUGGUGGAUUUAAUACGAGCGGAUGGAAUGGAAACAGUAUCGAUAAUUUCAUAUUUUCCAUGGGUAGUCAAAAUAACCAUAUUACCAGUAAGAUCGACCGAUUAAAGGGUAAAUGCAGUGUAUAUGAUAAGGAUGACAUCAUGAUACGAUUUGGAAAUUAUGGUUUAAUACUCGAUAGUGGUCGGAAUGGAACAUGUCACAAAUCUAUAUUAGACACCAAUAGUUUUCCUGCCGAAGAAGUGGAAUUAUUCAGUGUGAUCGAGAAAGAUAGUGGUCAGUGA